AUGCCUCACCUCCCACAGGAAGAAGAAGCCGGCUCCAACUUGACCGAUAAGGUAGCCCAGGGUUCCAAAGACUCGACCGCAUCUACUCACGAGCUUCAUGCGGAUGCGCACAAGGCCGCUCCGGGGAUCACGAUCAACCAAGACCUCCCACCCAAAGCUACCAAGGAGGAGCUGAAAGCCCGUUCAGAGGAGCUCAAUAAGAAGUAA